CACUACUACAUGUGAAUAAAGUUCUCCAACCAUCAUAUAUUCAUGCAAAAGCCAAACAUUUAGUCUACUCUCCAAGCAAAGUAUCAUUACUUCCCCCCACUAUACUCUAUUUUUUAUUCAAUUCAACACAAUUUCCUUUCUCACUCGUAGCCAUGACUUCGCUCUUCUUGAUCACUCUUUCUUUCAGUUUUCUAGCACUAUUAGCUACACCAAGUUUUGCCACCAUUCGAGCUAACUCAUGCCGAUCGUAUUGUGGAAAUAUUACCAUAGAUUAUCCAUUUGCGCUUGAUUAUGGCUGCGGUCAUCCGGGUUUCAGAGACCUUUUGUUCUGCAUGAACGAUGUUUUAAUGUUUCACAUAAGUUCAGGGUCAUACAGGGUACUAGAUAUAGACUAUGCUUAUCAAGCACUCACAUUACAUGACCCCCACUUGUCUACUUGUGACAACAUCGUGCUAGGCGGUAAAGGCAACGGCUUCGCCAUCGAGCAUUGGCGGGCACCGUAUUUCAAUCCGACGGCUGAUAACGUGUUCAUGCUCAUAGGUUGCUCAGCACAAUCACCACUCUUCCAGGGUUUCCCUGGAAAGCACCUGCCUUGCAGGAAUAUAUCCGGGAUGGGAUGUGAGGACUACUAUGAUUGCCCGGCAUGGAACCUGUUGGGUCAUAAAAAGGUGGGCUCAGUUUACGGGUCAGGCCCACCGGAGUGUUGUGCUGUGGCAUUUGAGGCUAUCAAGGCUAUAAAUUUGAGCAAACUUGAGUGUGAAGGGUAUAGCAGUGCUUAUAGUCUAGCACCAUUGAGGGUUGAUGGGCCUGGUGGGUGGUCCUAUGGGAUACGAGUGAAGUAUUCAGUUCAAGGAAAUGAAGAGUUUUGUAGAGCUUGUGAGGCAACGGGUGGAGCAUGUGGGUUUGGAACUGAUGGAGUUAAGCAGUUGUGCAUGUGCGGGAGCUUCAAUUCCACCAAGAAUUGUGAUUCAGAAAGCUCAACAUCGAGUAAAAGGACAUGGUCAUUGGUGGAUGCAUUGGCAGGAAUAUUUGUAUGUAUGUCAAUGUGGAUUCAACACGAGGGAGAUUCAACAUGGCUUAUCAAUAUGAUGUAAAUGCUACUAAAUUUGUUACUUAAAGUGGGCACAGUGUUUGCGUGCUCGACUUGUCUAAGAACAUGCUAUACCUUCUUAUUUCUUGUUGAAAGAAGAGAGAUAUAAAUUACUACGAUAUAUCACA